AUGUGCUGUGACGUGGUGGAGUCUUCGCCAAAUGAGCUUGCAGAGUAUUAUCAGAAGUUGUUGAAUAUCUCUGAUGAACUUGAGAAAAAGCGAAAAGCCGAAGGGACUACGGCAUACAAUCCAGACGGAAGCGCUGUUAUUCGAACUACAAUGCCACCUGAAAACGUUUUGAAACGCGUAGAAUAUGAAGAACCUCCGAAAGGUAUAGAAGCGGAAACACUUAUCGACGUGAUGCGGCGGCUCCAUUCCCUUACAGCAGCUGAAAUGAGAACUCUCCUGAAACAAGUUCAUCAAUCUGGA